UUGCAUUGUAAAACAUGAGAUUGGGGCCUCGUCAUGUGGUCAAGUUUGACAAAAAUCUCAACAUUCAACACACGCGACGCCAACUGCAACUGACUUUAGGACCCGGUGAGAGAUACCCGCAAAACCUGUGAACUUCCUCGUUUUUUUCACCAUAGUUCCUUGAUGUGAUAAUUGCAAUACAGAAGUGCAGCAGAGACAGUGGGCCUGAGUCCUCACUUAAUGUCCCUAGUUUUGGACAUGUACAUUGGGACCCGGGUGUCCUGACAUGAAAGGUAACCUGUUCAGAACGGAGAGCACCCAGCCAUGGAGCAACAGCAGGCCGGCAUUGUGAGGAACUUGCUGACUCAGCUAGAGAGACAAGAUACAGAGGACAAGGAGGUGCAACACAGCAUUCAUGGGGAGUUUAUGAGGUUGAAAAACCAAUCAAUUAGGUAUCGCGAUGACAAGACAUACCCCACCAAAUCAGCAGAAACUCAGGAAAACAUCAAGAAGAACAGAUACAAGGACAUUCUUCCAUUUGAUCACACCAGAGUGAAGCUCACGCUCACCACCUCUAAAGCUGACACUGACUACAUUAAUGCCAGUUUCAUAAAGGGAGUGACAGGCUCCCAGGCUUACAUUGCUACUCAGGGGCCACUUCAUCACACAGUACUGGACUUCCUGAGGAUGCUAUGGGAGUAUGAGAUACAUGUCAUAGUCAUGUCAUGCCGGGAAUUUGAAAUGGGAAAGAAAAAGUGUGAGCGCUACUGGCCGCAGAAGGAGGAAGAGUCAUUUGUAUGUGGACCUUUUAUUGUUCAUUGUGACUGUGAGGAGGACAAAGGAGCCUAUCUGACAAGGACAUUAAAACUGACGUAUGACAAUUGUUGCCGAACUAUAAAGCAGCUGCAUUAUGUUAACUGGCCAGACCAUGGAGUACCCAAUUUCAUCCUCCCCAUUUUAGACAUGAUGGAGGAGAUGCGUACCUAUCAGUCUCAUGAUGACAUCCCCAUCUGCAUUCACUGCAGUGCUGGAUGUGGUCGAACAGGAGCCCUUUGUGUCAUCGAUUAUACUUGGAAUCUACUCAGGAAACAGUUGAUCACUUCAGAUUUCAAUGUCUGUGACGUAGUUCACACCAUGAGAACCCAACGACCCUCUGUAGUGCAAACCAAGGAACAAUAUGAGCUGGUCUACAGCAUCAUCAGGUUACUGUUUCAGAGAUACCUACAGUCCAUGAAUGUGCAGAACUGCUCAAACCAGGGGACAAUUGGUACAUCUACGACAGAGCAAGAGGAUCAAAGUGAGAAGUCACAGCUACUUCAGCACAUCUGUGAUGAGGAAAUCAACACCCUAACACAGGACCAGAAAACACUGCCAUCUGGUCUCGUUACAUCCAAGACAGACGAGGAGAAAGGGCUCCAUAGCAGCCAAGAAGUGGCUGCAGUAGAGGGAAUACAGCAGGGUGAUGAUGCACUGACAUCUGCAGAUUCAACUAUUGCUGCAGAAGACAUCUGUUUCGCCGUGGAGGAUCCCUACUUUCACACCGGCCUAUUUGACAAUCUACCACGAGCGAACAAGCGAUGGACAGUUGGUCCAAUCAUCAGCAGCAAGUCCUCAUUGUCUCCGUAUGACAAUGACCACACGAUGGAGUCUCACUCUUCUCUCGUCACAGGUUCAAAAGGAGCUCAUACUGAUGUGGACACACCUCCUCCUCUACCUGAACGAACCCCUGAAUCCUAUCAACUGGCCGUUGAUACAGGCAGUCCUGUGUCACCCAUCCCAUCGCUUCCAGAUAGAACCCCAGAAUCGUACGAGAUGGCUGUUUAUCAAGCUCCUGCCAACAGUCAGCGAGAGGUCACACCGACAGUGAAGUGGAACAAAAUCGGGAUGUCUUCAGAGUGGUCAGGCACCUCAAAGCAAGUCUGCACCGCUCAUGAGCGAGAAACAAAACCAUGGGUGAGAAGUAAGAGUCUGAGAUCAAAAAUGACCUUCACAGAACCACUGACUCCAUUGUGGCUGCCCUCUCCACCUCCUGUUGCUGAAGGAGGAAGUGCAUCAGCAGAAGUGAGUAGCGUGUGUGAUGGAAACCAAAAGGCCUCCCUCUCUGACUGUGGGGCGUCAGGAGACAAAGCGGACAAAAAUGACGACAAGCCACUAUCCAGAAAAAAGAGUCUGAAUUUUUUCAGAGACAAACAGAAAUUAAAGCCAGGGACUGCUGCUCUUCCGACGUUGUCACCAUCCUCCAAUGGGGUCUUAAUGUCGUUGUUCAAAUUUGGAUUUGGGAACAGGAUAGGAAAGCCAAAAGGACCCAGGAAUUACCCACAAAAUUGGUUCUAAAAAUGUUUGUCUCCAGAUUUGAACGGAAGAUUUAUCUUCUCAUAAAGAUCUUCUAUCAAUA